GGGAAAAACCUUAUACAUGCAAAGAAUGUGGGAAGAGUUUCAGUGAUCCGUCAGCUUUGAAAGUACAUCAGCGCCGUCAUUCAGGGGAGAAACUCUAUUGUUCUGAAGAAUGUGGGAAAAGCUCCAACCAGAACAAAGAUCUUAGAGCACAUCAGCGCCACCAUACAGGAGAGAAGCCGUAUCAAUGCGAAGAAGGCGGAGAAAAGUUCUCCAAACACUCUAACCUCACAGUACACCAACAAAGUCACUCCAAAGAAAAACCGUAUGCAUGCGAUGAAUGUGGGAAAUGUUUCACACAUCUCUGCAAUUUAACUAUACAUCAGCACUCACAUUCACGGAAGAAUCCCUAUCAUUGUGAAGAAUGUUGGAUAAGCUUCCCAGCUGAGUUACCCUUCACAGAACAUCAACAACAUACUGGGGAGAAACCACAUGAAU